CCUAUCUGAGGGCAGGGCUCCUUCUCUGGAAAGGAAGGGCUGGGGAAGGGAAGAAAAAAAAAUCAACACAGGUUUUCUUCUCAAUCUCAUCACACUCUCAAAUUCUUACUCCAGCUGAGUCCAACAAGGGUCAUCUUCCAUAGGCCUGGCACUUGCCAUUUAUUUUUUUUACCAGCCCCUUUCCUCCCAGAGAAACAGAAGGAUUUGCCUCCACUCUUUCUGUCUGAAUUCAACUCAAGUGGAAACAACCAUGCAGUUACAGGUAAAAGUGACAGCUCAAGUUCUGCUAUGCUUAGUCUUUCGCCACACAUUCAGUGCCCACACCCCCUGCCAGGAACCUUCAGAUGCAGAGCUAGAAUCUAUACUGAACCCCUAUCUUGCUUCUGGUGCUAGCUUAUUGGUUCAAGCAGAUGAGGUUUUGCCUGAUCAGGAACUGAAGGCAUGCCCUGUAAAUGUCAACCAGACUUCUUCCCAUCUCCAGGACAGAAGUACCUCACCCUGGUCAUACAGAGUGAGCGAAGACCCCAACCGGUACCCUCAGAAGAUAGUGGAAGCCUACUGCCUGUGUGAGGGCUGCCUGGUAAAUGGCCAGGAAGACAAGGCUGUGAACAGUGAACGCUUUUACCUGGAGGUGCCAGUGCUGCAGAAAUCCAACCAGUGUAAAAGGGGGCAGUAUGUUUACCAGCCCAACCAUCUGCAGGUUGCUCAGUUUUGCUUUUGCAGUUUUCCCUGACAUGCCAGAGCUGCAAAGUACUUUCACUUCUGCCCAUCACCUUGCAGCCAAUCUCGCUGCUGCUGCCAACACAGCACUGCCAUUGUCACUCGUCAUCAGAAUGAGCUGAUGAAAACCUGGAGGAGCCAAUGCCAUACUGAAACAUCAAUCAGUAGGCUCUUUAGUACCGCCCCUGAAUAUCACCAUAGGGCGCACUACCUAGAGACACAUCUACAGACCAGCACACAGCCUCACAGCCUUUGCUAACACCACCCAUGUUCUCUAGGGGUAUUUACAAUGACAAGCCUUAUUGCAAAAGUGGUUUCCUUGUGACCUCUCUUUCCAUGGGGAUGUAGGCCACAGACAAGUGUGACUGGCUCCUUCUCAGCUUCACUUAAUGCUAAGGUGGAUGUGAUCUACAGACCAUAGAGUUCUCCCUCAAAUACACUUUGUAGUUAACCCAUUUUAAUGCAGCCUGAGACACAGCUCUUAAGAUGGCAGCUGCUGAUUUGCAGUUAGACUCUAAGCCUGGAACUUGGAAAUGGUUCAUUAAUAACAGUAAGAUGAAACCAAAAAGUCCCUUCUUGAUGCCACUUAAAAGCAUCCGCACAGUUAGCUUUUUCUAAAAAAAUAAGCCUAUGCUAUUUUACAAUAGUCGGUGCAAGCCUGCAGCAUGCCUCCAGAAGCCAGCAUGUUUGGCACCAGUGCUGUAGAUGUAAAACACUGGAGUAGUUCUUUCAGUAGUGGAAGAAAUAGCUUUACUUCUGCACUGUUCACUGGAGACCUCCAGGAGAGGGAAGCAUGGCUUAAAACAAACCUUGGAUUUCUCUGGGGACGAAGCAUUUUAUUCUGGGAUUCCACUGACCAACAGGCCCAUUGUCCCACUUUGAGCCUGUGAUUUACUGAAAUAACCCUUCUCCCCUCAACAAGUGGGGCUAAUUCAAGUUAAUGGAAGUUCACAUUGCAUGUGUAAAAGACUGUCCUAUGCCUGUAUUGAUGCAAGUCAAACCAAGGGACAACAGCUAAACCUGACACCUGUUUUUAGCCUAUGUUCCUUUCCCAUGUGGACUUGCUUCCCCUCCUCCCCUACCAGGUUGUUGCUGAAAUGGGCUGUGAGGGAAACCAGGAACGACCUUGAUCCUCACUACUAAUAAAUGAUUUUUGACUUGGA